AUGCGUUUAGGCGUUGAUAAGUUGAUUGCUCAAAACACACGCCUUGAGCCCAAUCGUCUUUUUGUUCUGACCAGUGAAGGAACAUUGCCAUUCUCGGGUGCAUUACAAAGCGAUGCAUAUGCUACUCUCUUGAUUGCCUUGCCUAGCUGUUUUAUUGGCGGUGAUAUUUUGACAACAGAAGAGGCUGUUAUUGAAGGCUAUUACUAUAUGGCUUGGCAUAAUGAUGUCCACAAUAAAUUCUUCCCUGUGACUGAAGGUUAUCAAGUCAUUCUUGGCUUCUCUCUUGUUCACCAUGAAGCUAGUGCUGAACUUCUACAAAAGUCUCGAUUGAGUGAUUUUCAAUGCAACUUGUCUACUGAGACAGAAAUCAAGCCUGUCAUGGAUCGUGCAUCCAACUAUCUUAAAGACUAUGUCAGUCAUUUUAAAUCACCUAUCUUUUAUAUGCUCAAGUAUAGCUAUUAUUUGCCAAAAAUCACAAUAGAACAACUCAAGCCAAGUGAUAGACAAUUAGCCAACAUUGUCUCUAAAAUAGCAAAUGAAGCUGGUUAUGCUUUGUUUCUGGGUUUUAUUGAAAGAGACCUUGGGGGCAAGACCAACAUUGAAGGCAAAAUAGAAUGUCCUAUGGAUGAAGGUGUUUAUGUUACUCAAUCUGUUGUCUAUGAUGAGUUUAUCUUGAUCAGCUUACUAGAUCUCGAUGGUAAUAAUCUUUUAACAAGUCCUCUUGGCCUUGAUACAAAAGAAAAUCAUACUAUUAUUCAAGGCAAGAAAUGGUACGCUCAAUGCAAGCCUGAUUCUCAACAUUACAGUGCUUCAAAAACAACAGUUGAACAGACUGUCAAAUAUUGGUAUUCAAGCAAAACGGUAAAGAUAUUACAUGCUCUGAAAACAAUGACCCAUGCUUCUAUUAGGCAUUGGUUCUUAUUCUAA